AUGUCAGCAAGUAGUGAUUUUGUUGAUAUGUCAAAACAAUUGUAUGAUUUAGAACUUGAUUACUGGAGAAGCCACAUUCUCUACUGGCUAUCUCGAAAGUUUGAUGUAAUCUACAAAGGUGGCUCUACUCUCUCUAAGGUAUUUCACAUAUCCAACAGACAAUCCAAGGAUAUGGAUCUAAAACUAAUUCCAAAAAAGAACAAUUUCAUGGAUUUAGAGUUAAAGUAUCACAUGCCACAAAACAAGAAAGAAAGAGAAAAGUACUUUGCCGCCGUGUUUGAACACACAAAGAGACUAAUUCCUUUUGUUGUCGUUGAGAAAAUUAAAAACGAAUUAGACACUGAAUGUGAAACUUGUGUAUUUCUGGUAAAAUUUGAAUCCCAAGUUAGAAAUUUGGAAGGUGGUGAGAUUUAUAUUGACAUUGGUUUAGAUGAACAUAAUUGUGUAGUUACACGAGAUGUCAGAUCAGUAAUCCACCAAUUAAAUAAGUGUCCAAAGAUUGAAAUUGAUUGUGUUCAUCCAUUGGAAACAUUAUUAGAGAAAAUGGAUGCAAUUGUCAAACGAAGAAAAGUUACUGAUAUUCCUCUAGACAGAUAUAUCAGACACUUUUAUGAUUGUAAUGUAAUUAUUGAAAAUGAAGAAAAAUUAGACCCACUUCCAAAGGUCUAUACAAUUCAAAAUUUGUUCGAAGCAAAAGUAGAUAAGAAACACAUCCAAAAGUUUUCUUACAAGAGUUUCGAAGAAAUGUCUUUAACUCUUGAAGAAAAGACAAUGUUCGAAACUAUCAAAGAUGAACACGAUAGUUCUGCCAUGAAUUUGGAUACUUGCUUGACAAAUAUUAUUACUUGGUUGAAAAAGAAUAUUGCAGAAUAA